GUGUCAAUUAUGUCAAAAUUCUAGUCUAAGGCUUAACAUGGAAAUUAGUUACUACCUCUUAAUCUUCAUUCUUUUGUACAGUUCAUACACAAUUCACUAUAGCUCGGAAAAAUGUAAAUCGGGACCAGAACCAUCAAAUAUAGAAACAUUAUUGUUAGUACAUGUGUUGUUUAGGCAUGGUGAUAGAACUCCUACAUACAAACCAAUCUAUUCCACUGAUCCAUAUAAAAACUAUUCAUAUGAACCGUAUGGCUCAGGUGAACUCACAAAUAAGGGAAAAUUGAGACAGUAUGAAAUAGGACUUAAUUUAAGGAAAAGGUACAACGAAUUUUUAGGAGAAAAGUUUGAUCCGCAAUCAUUUGAGGGAAUAUCGACACGAAUGCACAGAACACAAACAUCUCUGCAAUGUCUUUUGGCUGGGUUGUUUCCCCCGAAAGAUAAACUUAUUUGGAAAAAAGAUCUUUUAUGGCAACCUCUGGGGUAUCACUCAGAAAAUUCUGUUUUGAUGUCCGCCCACGUAUGUCCGGACUUUAAGGAUUUAAUUAACAAAUACAAAAAUACCUCGUAUUAUAAAGACAUACUUGUUCAACAUAGCGAUACAAUAGAAUAUGUAAAUAAAAAUGCUGGAAGUGAGAUAACCGAUGCAUAUGGAGCAUACAAACUAUAUUGCAUUCUAAAGCAACAGAGCGACUUGGGUCUUGAACUACCAAAGUGGACCAAAAGUAUUUUUCCAGAAAAACUAGCUAGUUUAGCGGUAGAAAAUUAUUUCCAGUAUUGUGGUACUACCGAGGCCAAACGUAUUGUGACAGGCUAUUUAUUGCGAAAAAUUCUUUUGGAUUCAAAGCGCAAGAUCUGUGGAAAGUUAAAUCCACCGUCACGGAAAUUGUUUUUAUAUUCGGGCCAUCAGUUGAAUGUUGCAUGUUUUCUGGAAACACUUGGUUUGUUCAAGAAACAUUUGCCUUAUUACGGGUCAUUUAUCAUCGUUGAAUUGCAUAAUGUCAAUCAAACUUAUGGUUUCAAGGUAUAUUACAAAAGAAAACUGGAAGAAAAAUUGGAGCUUCUCAAUAUUCCUACUUGUGGCGAGUUUUGUCCUUUCAGUGACUUCAUUAAUAUUUAUAGUGACAUGAUCCCAACACAAGAAUAUUGCAACUUGCCAAAAUAUUAAUUUUAUAAUAACUAAAAUGAUAUAUUGUUAGGUGUAACCAAAAUAAAAUAAUAAUUAUUAUUAUUCAUA